AUGGAGGCCCGGGCGCUGCUCGCAUUGGUCGCGGCGGUCAGCUCCGCCGCCAACUUGGCUUCUGCAAACCUCGCCCUCGCAGGUCCAUACACUAUAGACAUAUUAGAGCUUGGCGCCUGCGAUGAUGGGGAAUACCCAGGCAUUUUGGUCAACAUUUCACAGACUGUAGACGAGGAAACCAAGGAAACCACGUACAAAGGAAGCCUCACUUUGUACUACGACAUUUUUGCGGACGACUUUGAGAUGGAGGUGACGACAUACAAAUGGGGCAGUACUGGUGGAUGGAAUUUUGACUACCGCCUGCAAUUCUCCAAACCAUUCGAAUACCUGAAGACUAACUUGCCCAAUGUCUUUGAAUAUACUUUUGAGAAAAUAGGUAUCAAACAGAAGCCAGUGUCUCCGGCAAGUAUUACAGCAGUACACUGA